AUGAGCAAGCAUUAUGACUGGUCACCUUACACCUCUACCUGGAGUUCCCUCCACACAUCCUCCUUCCCAACUGUCUCCUCCAGCAGUUCAUCCGGCUCUCCCGCCCUCCACCCUGCUCUCACGCCCUCCACCCGGCUCUCCCGCCUUCCACCCGGCUCUCACGCCCUCCACCCGGCUCUCCCGCCCUCCACCCGGCUCUCCCGCCCUCCACCCGGCUCUCACGCCCUCCACCCGGCUCUCCCGCCCUCCACCCGGCUCUCCCGCCCUCCACCCGGCUCUCACGCCCUCCACCCGGCUCUCACGCCCUCCACCCGGCUCUCCCGCCCUCCACCCGGCUCUUCCGCCCUCCACCCGGCUCUCACGCCCUCCACCCGGCUCUCCCGCCCUCCACCCGGCUCUCCCGCCCUCCACCCGGCUCUCCCGCCCUCCACCCGGCUCACACCCCCACCACCCCGCUCCACCCGGCACCACCCACAGCAUCCCAAGUACGUGGAAGGAAGCCAGGAAGCACCAGACAAAUUUAUCCUGACCCAAAAGGAGGAAAGUGGAAAGCAACAGAAGAACCGAUGGUUCAAUCAGGCGUGUAAGGAAGAAAAACAAUUGAGUACAAGAACAUAG